AAAUGUCCGAAUUACUUUACUUCCGUGUUUCCACCGUGCCGAUUUCGGACAAACUAGUAUUUUUCGGUUUUCCUGUCAUGUUCUGCUUUCUUUGAAUGUUUAUCACGACAUGAACAUCAGAAAAGAAAAUGGCAUCUCCAAAUGAGGCAAAGGUUGGCUUUGCCACUCUGUGUGAGAGCCGAUCGUUGGGUGAAGUUGUACAGCUUAAGCUUACGGCAGAAGUUCUCGUCUUGCUGCGAGAGGAAUAUGUACCCCGUGAACCACCGGCAGAAGAGAACGGAAAUGAAUCCAUCCUGGAAGUGAUCCGUACGGUAGAGUUACGCCGAGAGCGCGAGGGUGGACUUGGACUAAGUGUUAAAGGUGGACAGGAGCACAAACUCCCUGCUCUCAUAUCUAGAAUCGUGCCCAACCAGGCUGCCGCCAAAACUCAACAGCUAUUUGUUGGUGAUGCCAUUCUGAAGGUGAACGGUGAAAAUAUUGAGGCAUACUCGCAUGACCAGGUGAUUGAGACAUUACGGUCGGCUGGUGAUGUCGUCACGCUCUCUGUCAAAUACUUCAAACCCGCCGCUGUCUUUCUUAACAAAUCUUCCAAUUCAGCUGACCUGAAUGAAAACGAUGGGACUGUGUCACCACCUGGGGUUAUAGUCCCGAGACUAGAGAAGUCCUGGGUCAUCUAUUCUUCCAUACCGCUGCUCUACGCCAACCUUACAAGAUAUCGAUCUGGCACAGACAAGCUCAGGAGCAAUGCGUUUGAGCUUGUUGGUGUUGACGGCACGACGUCAGGUGUUCUACAGUUUGAUGACAACCAUUCGUUGGCUGAAUGGAUGGCAGCCAUCACUAACAACAUCAACAGUCUCCUCACACAGAUGGUCAAGAUGAUGAACAGACUCUUGCUUCCAGAAGAGCAGAUUGAGUUUAUGGGCUGGAGUCAACAGCGAGGGUCCCCGGGGACAAAUGCCCAGCCCUGGAGCCCAAAGUUCAUCGCCCUAAAGGGACCGGACAUCCACUUGUUUGAUAUGCCCCCUAUGCAAGCCAGGGACUGGGAAAGGUGUGACACUGUCUUCCAUGUUUAUGAAUGCAUGUUUAAAAUCCUGCAGGACUCGGAGCUAGUUGACGACAAACAGAAUUGUUGUUCCGUUCAGACAACAAGCAAAGAGACGAUUUAUCUGAGCCUUGAAAGUCGGGCGGAACUUCUACAGCUAGAGAGAGCAUGGUAUAGGACAAAUCAUGGCGCCAUUGCCAGGCUAAAGACUAAGACGUUUGGAUGUACCUACCAGGGCCGCCUGUCUGGGAUUAUACUGGAUCUGGAUGUGGGUUUCUCCCUGUAUGACAGUGGAACCAAGACAUACCUAUGGACAUACAAGUUUUCACGGUUAAAAGGCUCCUCAGACGAUGGGAAACAGCGUUUAAAACUACAUUUCUCCACGGACACUCCCGGACAAGUUGAUGCAAAGGAAGUGGAAUGUUCCAGUCUACAGCUGCUGUUAUUUUGUAUCCAUGCAUUCCUGUCGGCCAAACUAGCCUCUGUAGAUCCGUCCUUUCUGGCAAACUACUGACCAAACUACUGACCAACAAGUGACCACUGACUUUGACCAAUUUAGAUGCAAAUUAUGAAAUUACUAGGUGGAAAAUAUGAACAAAUUUAUUAUCCCCAGCAAAAUUGGUGCAAAUUUUGAAAUGCAUUUCUAAAUUUGAUUUUUUAUGACAUGUUUCAAAUUAAAAUCUGCAUAGAAAGUGUUUGUAUAAUGGGGCCGCUAGUAAAUUACAACUUGACAAAUAUUGACUAUAAGAAAGAUUUGGUGCAGAUUAUGUACCCAAAUCCUGGCCGACAUCUGUAGUAGAUGAAACUGUUACUAAUUGUGGUACAUGUUACUACUAUAAAUAUGAUACUGCUGUUGGUGUUAUGUAUAAGGAAUCUGUCUUUAUGUCUUUGUAUUUGUUGUAUUUUAAGGUCUUCUGUUUCGGAAUUGUCUUAGCCUUGGUGUUCAUGUCCAUAACUCAAAAAGAAUUUGUCCAGUUAUACUCCUUUUUGGAAAAAAUAACAACAGGCAAGUGUUGAUGUUCACUCCACAACACUAGUGUUUAAAGGGACUAGACACCAGAUGGUCCCCAAAUCAUCAAAUACGGUAUUUCCUCAAAACAAGCCUAGAAUUGUCAAUACGAGCUAGUUUGAAACCGAUAGUACAUCAUUUUACAUGAUUUAAAAAUAUUUUGUUGCUGUCUCAGCAGCUGAGUUUACCCAUUUAAAAAUAGAACAUGAUGGUUUCCCAGUUUAUAGUGUGUAUAUUUAACAUGUGAAAGUCACAUGAUUAGUACAGAUACAUAUACUAACGCAAUUAUUUACAGGUUUACAAAUUUACAGGUAUUCAUGCAGUAGACAAACCCAAUCAAUUUUGAUUUGGAACAUUAUGCAAAAACUGCGAAAGAUACAUGUGUCAUUAAAUGGAUGUAAUAUAUCAGGAAGUAAUUUCAAUGCAUUGUACACAAAAAUAUAUAUUUAUGUAAGUUUUUGACAAUUUUUAUUUUCCUUGCAAUUGUAUCAUCUGGUGUCCAGUCCCUUUAAGAAGAAAGUGUAGGUAUUGUCAUCCCGUAUCCAAGUUACAAAGUGAAACAGGGGAGCAUGAGCCUGUUUGUGGUAAUCUUUUUGGAUUUAAAUAUGUCAUUUUGUAUUGUUGAAUUAAGUGUACAUGAAUGUUUUGUCUUUUUUUAUGACAAUUCAGAUGAUUAUAAUUUGGCCAGUACCACAUAUUUUAUGAUGCUUGAACUGUUAGUAACUACUGUCUGAAUUGUGUACAUAUAUCCUGUUUCUACAUGAUAGUAUGAAGCUAAUGCUAUAAAGUACAAAGUUGUAGGUAUAGUCAUUUGGUAUCUUUUGGCACUCAACAAAGGAUAUUUUUUCUAUUCUUUUUUAAAUUAAUGACAUUUGAUUUAAUAGUCAAAAUAAAGUAAAAGUCUUGUUUCUGGUUAUCUGACCUAAGGUACUUAAAAAUGUGCACCCAACCCCAAUUUUAUUAUUACAUCUGCAAGAACUGUUAUGACUGUUUUUUAUCCUUUGGCUGCUAGUUUUUUUGGGUGGUCUUUUACACCAGCCUAAAUGUUCUCUUUUAAUUGAGUCUAGUGGACAUUUUCCAAGACAAAAUUGUGAAUGCGAGUUCUAAGGGUGAAAAUGACAUUCAGACAUACAUGUACUUAACCUAAUUAAGAGAAAUGAUUAAUGUCCCAACCUCCUAUCCGUUUUUUGGCAUUGAAAUCAGAAACAAUCUUUUUUAAUUAUUCACUUUAAUGCAAUCAAAUAUAGUCAUGCUUCAAUGCAAUCAAAUAUAAUCAUGCUUCAAUUAUUUACUUGUUAAAAUGUCAGCAAUAUGCAUGUGGUUUUUACUUUAGUCAUAUAUUUAUGCUAUACUUGUCAACACUGUAUGUUUUAUGAAUGAAGCAAUUAUGGGGUAAAAUAUUGCUUUUAUUAAGCAUUUCAACCCUGUUUGAAUGCACCUCCUCCACCUAUAACCAUGGUACAUGGGUGCUUAACAAAACAGUCACCAAGAAUUACAGCAGGCAUUUCUGCAUCCAAAUUUCUUUAAAACAAUGCAUCUUUUAAAAAUGUUGUCUCCUCUAGAAAAAAUAAUGGGUCAUCCUGGAAGACAUAAAGGGUCAUCUGGAAAACAGAAAGGGUCAUCUGGGAAAAAAAAAAUAUGGGUCAUCUGAGAAAAUGAAAAUUCUGGGUCAUCUGAAAAAAUGAAGAUUAUGUGUCAUCUGAGAAAUGAAGAUAAUGGGUCAUCUGGGAAAAUAAAAAUUAUGGAUCAUCUUGAAAAAGGAUGCAAAGCAAAAAAAAAAAAAAUCUGAUCACACAAACUUGUGUUUCAAUGUUGUUACAUUCUCGUUCAUCAGAGUUGAGACAGUGGUAAAUGUUGUACACAUUGUAUCUUUGCUCUGGAGAACAAGAAUGUGUUAUUUGGAUUCAAUGUAUUGAUUUGCUUUUGGCAUUGGACCAAAAUCUGUUUUAUAAAUUAAAAUGUUUUACAAAAACAUGGGCCCAAAGAAGAGACUUUUAGACUACAUUAUAAAUUAAACAAUUUUUCGACUUACAAAAUUAUAUGGUUUUUACAUGGGAGUGGAGAGUGUGCAAAGCAUUCUGAGUUUAUGCAGAUGUGUAAUGAUAUAUCAUAUACAGUUUGUCUCUUACAAUUUUUGGUGUAAUUAAUGCAUGUCUCUUACAAUUUUUGGUGUAAUUAAUGCAUGUCUCUUACAAUUUUUGGUGUGAUUUAUGCAAUCUUCAAUUUUGGACAUCUUUUGAAAGUGUCGUUAUAGUCUGUGAAAUUUUAGAUCUGAUCAUUUUGAAAUAAAAAUAAAAUAUUGUGUAAAUAUUCAGCCGUUGAUGUACUUUAGAUUAAACUGAUGAAUAUUUUUGAAAUUGCUGUUCAUGUAGCUUCAAAAGCAAUCUUUUAUUGAAACAGUUUUUCUUUUAGAAAAUAACUUUUGUCCUUUUUUAAGAAGACCGGUGGUGACUAAUUAUUUCAUAAUUUACAGUCGAGUGACUUUAUACUUCCCGAAUUUUCCUACAAAAUUCAUGAUUUUAUACAUAAUGAUUUUUCUUCAAGAAAUUGUUAUCCGUGAUUUAUUGAGAGAAAAUCAAAGGGUAUGAGUUCAUAAAGAGUGAAAUCUUGAUUGUUUUUAAAAAAAUCAACAUGAAAUAUGUAUUAUGAAAUAUAAAGACACCACCGAACUUUCAUAAUUAUCUACUAAUGUAACACCGAUUCAGUAUUCCUUGUUUAUAAAGUGCCAUUUUACAACAGCAAAAAGUGUUUCCUUUGUCGACAUUCAUUCAUUUUGCAUCAUGUUUGGGUUUUUUGCCUGUAUUUUCUACUUUUAUAUAAGUAUAUCUAGAUAUGUUCAUUAUACAUGCAAUUAGUGUGCCCAGCACCAUUACAAUAUUAUAUAUUCAUGUAUACAAAUAUAGGUUGAUGGCUUUAUGCAUACCAAAUAUUUAAAAGUUUCACAAAGUUUAAAAUUGUUCAGAACUUUUUAAAGUUAACUACAUUAUUAAUUUUUACUGCUCUGGAAGUUUUUAGGAUAUCCCUAUUAUCUGCUGUGUUUUUAACAAGAUUUGCGAAAAUAAUUUCAGCUGUACUUAUUAUUAUAUAACUAUAUGUGAACAUCAUCAAAUAGUUCACCUUUAAGUUAACAACAAUGGUGAUAUUCAUGUCUUUAACUUUAACAAAGUUCUGAACAAUCAUUUUAUUUAUUUUGCAAUACUUUGUAAUUCAUGUUUGAAUGUUUUCAUGCUGGUAAUGAAAUGUAAAUUUUGUCUGUUAUGUACGAGAUGUUUGCAACAAUAAUGAUGAUUAUGUUUGCAACAAUAAUGAUGAUUAUGUACGAGAUGUUUGCAACAAUAAUGAUGAUUAUGUACGAGAUGUUUGCAACAAUAAUGAUGAUUACGUACGAGAUGUUUGCAACAAUAACAAUGGUUAUGUACGAGAUGUUUGCAACAAUUACGAUGAUUACGUACGAGAUGUUUGCAACAAAAACAAUGGUUAUGUACGAGAUGUUUGCAACAAUUACGAUGAUUACGUACAAGAUGUUUGCAACAAUUACGAUGAUUACGUACGAGAUGUUUGCAACAAUUACGAUGAUUACGUACGAGAUGUUUGCAACAAUUACGAUGAUUACAUAUGAGAUGUUUGCAACAAUAACGAUGGUUAUGUUAGAGAUGUUUGCAACAAUAACGAUGGUUAUGUACGAGAUGUUUGCAACAAUAACGAUGGUUAUGUACGAGAUGUUUGCAACAAUUACAAGUUAUGUUUGAGAGGGUUGCAACAAUAAUGAUGAUUAUGUACAAGUUGUUUGCAACAAUAAUGGUGAUUACUUUUACAAAAUAAAGACUAUACUGAAAUAGAA